AUGAAUCGAUAUCGAUCAAGCGUUCAAACUGAAAUCGAGGAAAUUUUCCCACCUGAAAAUACAAGGUUGUAUACAAAAUAUACAAAAAGGUCUUUAUUUGAUAUUUUAUUGAAAGGUAACGAAAUUGUGAGCGCUUUUGAAGUUACAUGUCAGGCAGGAACGAGCGUUUCAAACCUAAGGGACAUAAUCUAUGAGAAGAAUAAGAACUAUUUCAAAGAAAUACAUGUUGACGCCAACAAGUUGUACCUAUGGAAGGUGGAUAUUCCUUACAAUAACCCUAAACUGAAAACACUUGAAAGCAGAUCUCGUGAUAUAAAUGAAGAAAAUACUACUAUACAAGAGCUUGGAGGAACAAAGUUAACACCAUUUGAGAAUAUUGAUGACAUUUUUGCGCGUAAUGUCUCCAAAAACAUCCGCAUCAUCGUACAACCUCCGGCCACUACUGUUUCGUCGAUGCGCAUCAUUCCUGACGAAGUUAAGAUUGAAAUUAAAAACAAAGUUAUAAAGGCCUUCCCACGCGUAAAAACUUCUUCAAUUGAACAGCUUAUUGACGCGCUCGCCUUGAUUUGGGACGUUGAGGUAGUGGAUAGUGACUCUCCAGGCCAACAAAACGACCCAUAUGUUGAACUAAAGAAGGAACCCUCUUUUUUCAAAGUAAAUUUUCCCCGUGGAAUAACCUUAGAGACUUCAAAAACAAUUGAUCUGUGUCUCCCUUCCUAUAGUAAAUCCGGAAUGAACUAUCACAAUCUCUUUUAUGAUGAUCCACAAUUCAUAAAAAUAGUUUCUCUUGUGCAAAAAAAGAUUAAAGAAGACCCGGGAGACAUAAUUGUGCUUGCUGGGGUUUCAGGUGGUGGAAAAACAUCGACAGCAUUUGGAAUUGCUAUAGAAAAUUGGUCAAUAUAUAUUGAUUUUUCUCCUAACUCAGGGUGUUAUAAAGGCAGCCAGUUGCAACCAGAGCUUCAAAAAAUCAGAGGUAUAAAACCUCAGUUUGAACGUGUUGAUCAACAAAAUGAAGUGUUUAACAUACUGGACAUGGCGAUAGUCUCACGCGGACUAUUACUUGUUAAGAUGCUUACUGAGGGAAAAAUUUCAACACCAAAGGAUUGGUUGUUUGUACAGCUUCAAAUGAAUGAUUCUGAAAUCCGAAAUAUCUUGGGCUUUGAAAAAUAUAAUACUCUUUCUAUUACUACACUUAUCACAAAGAUUAAUGAUUUUCUCGGAAUAAAUCGUCUAGUCUUAAUAUUUGAUGAGGCACAAGUCCUAUGUAAGCCCGAAUAUGGAAAAUAUGAAGGGAGUACUCGUGGCAAAAAAUGGAAUCUUUUGCAAGGUUAUUUAGCACAUCUUAACCAACAUCCGGUUACCUGCCUUCUUGCCGGCACAUACAUGCAUAUGGCAAGCGGACUUUCUCUUGUCACUUCUGUUGGAAAAGACCCAAAAAGGAAAGCUCAUAUUGUGCUACAACUUCCCUUUCUCUCACAUGAUGAUGUUUUGCGUAACCUUGAUGCCGUAAUUGAUCUGACGCAUGUUACGCCCAACACUCGCAACCUCUUAGGAUAUGUUCUCCAGGGGCGACCUCGAAACUGUGCAUUAUUUGUUCGGCUAUUAACAUCAAAGAAUAGAUCAAUUGGUAUAACGAAAAAUCAAGUGUUAAAAGAACUUGUUCCGUUUUGGUAUAACCGCAUUUGCUCUGAUAUGGCAAAAUAUUUGGAAACUGCGUGUGAAUAUUUUGGUGUAAAUCGUGUCGAUCCAGAGAAAGCAAUUAUGGAUAUUCUUAGACUUCGUGUUUUUUAUAAUCAAAAUUACAAGGAAGCUAUAAAACUUCUCCAGCAUAGCAUCAUUCCUUGCAAGUCACCAGAAUGCAUUGUUCUUGGCUCUAAAGAUGAAGAUUCUGAAAUAAAACCAUCGCUUGAAUCUUACUUUGGCUUUGAUGAUGAAGAUUCUGUUACAAUCGAAAUAAACCCAUCACUUGAAUCUUACCUUAUCAACAGCAUUGUAUUAUAUCUUAAAAAAACACAAAGAUCAUUGAUAGGUGUCUUUGUUGACAACAUUAUCACGCUCAAUAACAUUUCAUCAAUUGGCAAUGAAUUUGAUGCGGUCUUUAUUACAGCAAUAAUUCAUAAAUUUGGGCUUAAUGUACGAGAAGAACUUAAUAAAUGGAAAAAUGGACAACAAUUUGAUCUUCCUUCAUGGAUCACUCCCACGAUGAAGUUUGUUACAACUUCAAAUCUAUCAGGAAACGUUCCUAUUGUCAAAUAUGUUAAUGAUAAAUCCUAUUCUUCUUAUGCAAUUCAACCGGACAUAUACUCAGGAUCAGACGUGGUGAUUUAUCUUGCAGAUAAAAACCACAAUAUGGUGCUAUUAUCGGCAAGCUGUACAGUUUCUAAAGAAUUUUCUUAUAAGGAACCAAAACGCCUCCAAAUUCGUCUUAGUAGUAAUUUAAAUUAUGAUUUGAAUUAUGCCGAAAAUACCAAGAACUACCAGAUAUCUAAGGUCUCUAAGCGCGCAGAGUAUCACGAGAAAAUCAAAACUUCUACAGAGAAUCGAAAACAUAUUUAUGUUUCAGUGGAGCUUCCAUAUAGAAAAGGUGAAAGAUCAGAGUUAUUUCGAUUAAAUGAAUAUGAUGAUCUUGUGAUUAUUGUGGAUGAUCGUAAUAUGGAGCAUGUUUUUGGGCCAGACAUUAAUAGGCUAAUGGAAAGAAUUAGUAAAUCCGAAGAAUCAAGAAGAUUUGAUGAAUUUUCAGUUCAGAUAAUAUUUUAA